UCAAAAACAAAAAAAAAUUGAUAGUCUGUAAUUCGAAAACCGAAGGAAGCCAGAGAUUUACAGUGAAAAAAAAUCUACAGAAGGGAGAGAGAUAGCAAAAGUGUCGAGAGACAAUUACUUAAUUUGUUACAUUACAACAACCUUAAAAUCUUCAUACUCUGUUCUGUAUCUUCUCAAAUUCCUUUUCUCUUAUUAUUAGCUCAUGUGCUUCGUUGCCUUGUCUCUCUUUACUCGAAUCAGUUUCUGAGAGAGACAGAAAAAAAGGAGCUGUCUUUACAGAGAGGGUUAUCACAAAGAUCCCAUUUCUUAGGGUUUGAGUGCCACCCAGAUCUCUCUCUCUCUCUCUCUACUCAUCUGCCAAUUGUGCUGUUAUAUGAUUAGGGGUUUUUCAAUUAGAAGCAACCAGAGAUAGCAAGAUAAUAGUUUAGGGCUUUUAAAUACAAUUUAGGGUUUCCCAUAGAAAUGAUGAAGCACAUAUUUGGUAAAUUACCCAAAAAGCCUUCCAAAUCAUCAAAUCCAAACAUAGAUGGUGUUGGUGUUGUUAACAUCCCUCUUACCUCAAAGCCUUCAACAAACAGAGCCAACAACGGUGUUUACGAAGCCCUGCCUAGCUUCAGAGACGUUCCCACCUCAGAGAAACCAAACCUCUUCAUCAAGAAACUGACUCUAUGCUGCGUCGUGUUCGACUUCACCACCCACCCUUCAAAGAAUCUCAGAGAGAAAGAGAUAAAAAGACAGACUCUCCUCGAGCUCGUUGACUACAUCUCCACCGUCUCCACCAAGUUCACCGACGCUGCGAUGCAAGAGAUCGCCAAACUAGCUGCGGUUAAUCUCUUCAGGGAGUUCCCUUCUCCGAAUCACCACGAGGGGAAGACGAUGGAAACGCUUGAUGGUGCUGGUGGUGGUGAUGAUGAGGAGCCUGCGUUAGAGCCAGCUUGGCCUCACCUUCAAGUCGUCUACGAGCUUCUCCUUAGAUUCGUGGCUUCCCCCAUGACUGACGCCAAGCUUGCGAAGAGAUAUAUCGAUCAUUCUUUCGUCUUGAAGCUCUUGGACUUGUUUGACUCUGAAGAUCAGAGAGAGAGGGAGUAUCUGAAGACCAUCCUCCAUCGGAUAUACGGCAAGUUCAUGGUGCAUCGGCCUUUUAUCAGAAAGUCCAUCAACAAUAUCUUCUACAGGUUCGUGUUUGAAACCGAGAAGCACAACGGUAUCGCGGAGUUGCUCGAGAUUCUCGGGAGUAUAAUCAACGGUUUCGCUUUGCCGUUGAAGGAAGAGCACAAGCUCUUCCUUGUCAGGGCUUUGAUACCGCUGCACAGACCUAAAUGUGCUGCGGCUUAUCACCAGCAGCUUUGUUACUGCAUUGUUCAGUUUGUGGAGAAAGACUUCAAGCUUGCUGACACGGUCGUUAGAGGGCUUCUGAGGUAUUGGCCUGUGACUAACAGUUCCAAGGAAGGUAUGUUUCUUGGUGAGUUGGAAGAAGUCUUGGAAGCAACUCAAGCGGCUGAGUUUCAGCGGUGUAUGGUUCCUUUGUUCCGUCAGAUCGCGAGAUGCAUCAACAGUUCGCAUUUUCAGGUGGCUGAAAGAGCUCUGUUUCUGUGGAACAACGACCACAUAAGAAACCUGAUUACUCAAAACUAUAAAGUGAUAAUGCCGAUUGUAUUCCCGGCUGUGGAGAGAAACACGCGUGGACAUUGGAACCAAGCGGUUCAGAGUCUGACUUUGAAUGUGAGAAAGGUAUUGGCGGAGACAGACCAGGUUCUGUUUGACGAAUGCUUAGCCAAGUUCCAAGAAGACGAGGCGAAGAAAACCGAGGCUGUAGCUAAAAGAGAAGCAACAUGGAAGGUGUUGGAAGAUUUGGCUGCUUCCAAAAGCAACGAGGCAGUGCUGGUCUCAAGAUUUUCAUCUUCGGUUACAGUUGCUACUGGGAAAACUUCUGCUAGUUGAACACUUUUCAAAAGAUCCAAGCAGAGUUGUAGGAAACAUCAUGAUCAGUCCUUAAAAAGGGAGAAACUGAAGCGGAAUGAGAUGAUCAUCGAAGAGGGGCACUUGUCAUCAGUGAAUACUUUUUUAACAUUUAUUUUUUUCAGGUUUCUGGAAGCAAGGGUUGCUCAAUUAUUUGUUGUUUCUGAUCUCUUUUUUUUUUAUUUAUUGUCAACUCUUAAAAGGAGUUACAAAAAACAAAUAUGUUGUAGGAAAUUGGUUCUAAUAGAUAUAUUUCUUCA